AUGUCCUUCCUCCACUCCGCGAGGACCGGCGCGUCCCGGCCGAUGUCAGGGGCCUGCUCGGUGCCAGGGGUCCCGGUGGCCACGGGCACGCCGCACGAUGUCGAGUGCCUGAGCGGCAUCUGCCUGCCCAGCUCCUUCCAGACUGGCUCCUGGCUGCUGGACCACUGUGGUCAGGAGACCAGCUGCGAACUUCCCGUGUGCCAGCCGGCCUCCCGCGUCCCCAGCCCCGGACAGGGGGCCUGCUCCCGCCACACGGCCCGCGUCCCCAGCCCCUGCUCAGCGGCCUGCAGCCGGCCCGUCACCUUCGUGUCCAGCCGCAAGGCCCUGGGCGGCAGCUCCGCAUGCCCGCCGGGCAGCCCCAGGACAACCAAGCGGCCCUGCGUGUCCGGCUGCCGGAGACCUUGCUGA